AUGAACAGCUUCUUGACCUUCUUCUUGGUCUUCUUGGCUCUUUUUGCCAUGCCAACUGACAGAAUCCGUGGCGACGUCGAUUCGGUCUUCUUCUCGCCAUUCAGAAUCAUUGGAAAACGUGCUCAGGUUUUGAGCCCGGCUUAUGACGACCUCGGCGAGUACCUUGUCAACCCGGACUUUGUCUAA